CUGCAUCAAUUAAGCAUGCUUUACUACCAGUUACUUUGUAUGUAAAUACUUUGUGUUAGUUAUACCACUAUCAGUUACGCAGUGUAAUGUCGGAAUACUGCUUUACUAUGAAUUUAAACAUCUGCAAACAAAACGUAAACCGCGCACGGCACGCAGCUGGUUUCUCCUCUUCCUCUCCUGAGAGGAAAUGUGAUACAGAAUUUUUUUUUUUUUUAAAGCGCGUUCUCUGUAGUCAUGGCGACCACUUUGUCAAUUAAUUCGUAAAAUAUAUAUAGACACCAUAAAGUACUUUUAAUUCUAGCCGUUCUAGUUUUAUUAGGAGUGUUUUAUAGUUUAUUUUGAAUAAAACUUUAUUUUUAUUUUUUUUUAAAAAGGGGGCGAGGUGUAUGUGGCGCGAAGUACAAAUACCAAUUCAGUUGAUUUGGCGGGUGCUAACUAGAAGGGAGUGCAGGGUACACAGGCCAGAAUUAAACACUGGUAAUUAAUUUAUCUGAAUUAAGGCUUCAUUUCUGUUUUAAAUGCCCUGCUCUCGAGUAACAGAAAUUACCGGCACCUCGCCUGCAAAAAGGCUGAAGGGAAUGCAUCCUGAGGGGACAAUGCUGUUGAAAUUUGCCAGACUUUCUGAGCAUGCUACCUCUCCAACAAGAGGGUCUACAAAAGCGGCAGGCUAUGAUUUGUACAGUGCUUACGACUAUGUAAUUCCCGCUCUGGAUAAAGCCAUCGUGAAAACUGACAUUCAGAUCGCUCUCCCUUCUGGUUACUACGGAAGAGUAGCUCCAAGGUCUGGAUUAGCAGCAAAAUAUUUUAUAGACGUUGGAGCUGGUGUUGUUGAUGAAGAUUACAGAGGAAAUGUUGGUGUUGUGCUCUUCAACUUCAGUAAAGAAAGUUUUGAAGUUAAAAAGGGUGACAGAGUAGCACAACUAAUAUGUGAAAAGAUUUGCUACCCAGAGCUUCAUGGAAUGUGAGGCAAGUUGUAUUUAUGUAUUUCAAUGUGUGCUGU